AUGUCUCACUUUCACAAGGUAGAAGUAAACAAGACAGUUUGGGAAGUUCCGGAGAGAUAUCAAGCCCUUCAAGCAGUUGGAUCCGGUGCAUAUGGACAAGUUUGUUCUGCAUUGGACACUGUAACUAAUAAAAAGGUAGCAAUAAAAAAACUAGCCCGUCCAUUUCAGACUGCAGUACAUGCUAAACGAACCUACAGAGAAUUAAAAUUACUCAAGCACAUGAGGCAUGAAAAUGUCAUCGGGUUGCUGGAUGUAUUUUACCCCAGGCAUGAUAACAGCCAGAUAUAUUUAGUGACACAUCUCAUGGGAGCUGAUUUGAAUAAUAUAAUAAGAACUCAGAAGCUAACUGAUGAUCAUGUACAAUUUUUAGUAUAUCAAAUUCUACGAGGCUUGAAAUACAUUCAUUCUGCAGGGGUUAUUCACAGAGAUUUGAAACCAUCGAAUAUAGCAGUUAAUGAAGAUUGUGAGCUGAAAAUAUUAGAUUUUGGCCUUGCUAGGCCUACAGAAACUGAAAUGACUGGAUAUGUAGCUACUAGGUGGUACAGAGCCCCAGAAAUUAUGUUAAACUGGAUGCACUACAACCAAACUGUUGAUAUUUGGUCUGUUGGGUGUAUCAUGGCAGAAUUACUAACUGGAAAAACCCUGUUUCCUGGCACAGACCAUAUUCAUCAGCUGAACCUCAUAAUGGAAAUUUUAGGCACACCAAGUGAUGAAUUCCUGAAAAAAAUAACAUCAGAAAGUGCUAGAAGUUACAUAAAAUCGCUCGCAGUACUACCUAAGAAAGACCUGCACUCGUACAUUGUCGGUGCUAAUCCAUUAGCUGUAGAUCUUCUCGGCCUAAUGUUAGAGCUAGAUAGCGAGAGACGUAUUACCGCCGAACUAGCCCUAGCACAUCCUUACCUGGGUGCCUAUGCAGAUCCGCAUGAUGAGCCAAUAUCGGCGCCUUAUGAUCAAAGCAUCGAAGAUAUGAAUUUACCAGUGGAAAAAUGGAGAGAAUUGGUGCUACAAGAAGUCAACUCUUUUGUUUAUAUUUCUCCUCUGAACGAGGAAAAAUAA